AUGGUGGUAAUAGUUGCGUCGUUAUUCUUGCCAUUUCAACCACAAUUUGAGAUUAGUACUUCGCGGACGGAGGCAGCGGCACUAGUGGACUCACAGGUAGUGAAAAUCCCAGCGCUUGGCGGUCCAGCAGAAAGCGCAAAUGUGGUGCUGAAGGCCAAACGCGCCUCGUCGUCACAUGGUUUGACGUCUCCGUUCGUUGGACCGACAGAACAAAACUCCGGGUCUGACGACGUUACAGAUGCGAGCAAGACAGGCGCCCGAGGGGGCAUCAGCUCGCAGCUGCUGAUGGAGAAUAUCACGUCCAAUGUCAACAGCGCUGCGGGUACGCCCGGUGCGCAGCUGGGCAACCACGGGAAUACAUCCGUGGAGGAAUUUUUUGCUUCCGGGGGGACUGCGAGAGCGAGGGAUGCCGACCCGGGAUCAGAGGUGUAUUCCACGGCGUCGUCGCCGGCGGGGGAGUCGAGCUCGAGCGUGCAGCCGGGCGCUGUUUUGAACAACGCGGACUCGACCGCGAACCUGCUUAAGAACGUGAACAAAAAGCUCCUGUACCAAUCAGUGCUUGCUGGCAGCUUGUCUACUUCGGCGCUUGAGGGGCACAAGAGCACGACGAGCAGCAAUGCCCACAGCACUGUGAUCACGCCACGUUCGCGGCAGCUGCCCGACGUAGCCAGCAGCGUGACCAAUGUCCCGAAGGGUAAAGCUAUGCGGCAGAUGCCCGUGCGGAGGUUGUUGCACCGCAAAUCGUCGAGCAGUAUAGCCACUGUGCAUUCGAAUUUGAAGUACCCCCUGAAUAUCAAUGACUAUGACGAGGAGUCUGUGGAGGAAGAAGGGGGACGGCAGUCGUCAUUGCCGCACAUGCCAUACAAGGAGGCGGAGGAACAGGAGUCGAGCGACGAGGAGGAGCUCGAUCUCGAUGAAAAUGGGAACCGUAAGAAUGCUGUGCCAAAGUUUGGGGGAUACUCAAACACUGCCCGGAUCAGGGCCCAGCUGAUGAUGAACUCCCAGAAUAUCUUCAAGACAGCCCCGUGGAAGAUUGUUCCAAGUAGCAAAGGCAAUGGCGGCCUCAAGAACGCGCUAACCACUGCCCUGGUUGAGAAAACUAUUGAGCAACCAGUCACUUGGAUCGGCACGGUGGGCAUUCCUACUGAUGCCGUUCCGCCAGAUGUUCUGAAAGGCAUUACUGAGCAGCUUGACGAGGCGUUCGAUUCGAAGGCAGUGAUUACGGAUGACAUAACGUUUAAGAGUGCGUACCAGAACUUCUGCAAGAAGAUCCUGUGGCCAACUUUGAAUUAUCAGAUUCCAGACAAUCCUAAUUCGAAGGCAUUUGAGGAUCACUCGUGGAACUAUUACCAGCACUUAAACCAGCAAUUCGCCGACAAGAUUGUGGAAUCGUACAAAGACGGUGACUUAGUUUGGGUUCAUGACUAUCACUUAAUGCUUGUUCCUGAAAUGGUACGCAAGAAGCUUCCAACUGCCAAAAUUGGUUUCUUCCUGCACGUUUCUUUCCCUAGCAGUGAAGUAUUUAGAUGUUUUGCACAGCGGGAAAAGAUCCUGGAAGGGAUUCUAGGUGCACACUCGAUUGGUUUCCAAACGGAGGAGUAUGCACGGCACUUCCAACAGACGGCGAACAGGCUGCUCAUGUGCGAUGUAGCCGACCGUAUUCUUAGAUACAAGGGCCGCAUUAUCGCCAUAGAAAGCACACCCAUCGGUGUCGACGCUUUUGACCUUGAGGUACAGUUGAAAUCUCAAGAGACACUUGAAUGGAGGAGGUUGAUACGCGAACGCUGGGCAGGCAAAAAGCUAAUUGUUAGCCGUGACCAGUUUGACCGAAUCCGUGGUCUUCGUAAGAAGAUGCUGGCCUAUGAACGCUUCUUAAAGUUGAAUCCAGAGUACAUUGAUCGGGUUGUGCUGAUCCAGGUGUGCCUAGGCUCCGGCCGUGACUCCGAAAUGGAGCGCGAGGUCAUGACCGUGGUCGACCGGAUCAACGCCCUCUCGCGGGAUAUCAGCGUAUCACAGCCCGUGGUAUUCUUACAUCAAGAUCUGCAGUUCCCUCAAUAUCUUGCGCUCAACUGCGAAGCAGACAUGUUCCUCGUUAGUACCAUGAGAGAGGGUAUGAACUUGACCUGUCAUGAAUUUGUGAUAUGUUCACAAGAGAAAAAUGCUCCAUUGUUGCUGUCCGAGUUCACAGGGAGCGCCCGCGUGCUGGGAUCUGGCUCCCUCCUGAUCAACCCAUGGGACAUCAGGCAGGUAGCUGACACCAUCAAGGUCGGUCUCGAAUUAAGCAAAGAGCAGAGGCGCCGCAAGUGGAAGCAGAUGUUCAAGAGCGUGAUCAUGCAUGAUUCGGACAACUGGAUGGCCUCGUCGCUUGCAAGCAUCAAUAACAGCUGGGAGGCCAACCGCGAGAGAUCCAAGGUAUUCAAUCUUUCUCUGGAUAAGAUUCUCGACAGCUACGAAACUGCGCGGAGGCACAUCUUCAUACUCAAGCUUUCGGAGCCACCGACCGCUCGCAUGGUGACCGUCCUUUCGGAGCUCUGCACGAGAAGCGCUGUCUUCAUCAUUAAUUCUUUCUCGAGGUCGAUGCUGGAGCGUCUCUACUGCAGGGUCCCCAACAUAGGGCUCAUCGCCGAGAAUGGCGCCUUUGUUCGCCUCAACGGUAUCUGGUAUAACAUGGUCCAGGACGUUUCCUGGAAGGAGGACAUUAUCAAGGUGAUCGAAGAUAAGGUCGAGCGCCUGCCUGGGUCCUACUACAAGGUGGGCGAGACUAUGAUCCGCUUCCACACCGAAAACGCAGAGGACCAGGACCGUGUCUCGAAUGUCGUUGGCGACGCCAUCACGCACGUCAACACGCUCUUUGGCGACAACGGCAUUCACGCCUACGUUCAUAAGAACAUCGUGUUCGUCCAGCAGUCCGGCCUGUCCGUGCAGGCCCUCAGGUUCCUGCUCAACCACUACAACUCGGUCGACGACACCCCUGGCUCCACCCCCGCGCACUCCCCGGCUGUCUCGCCCGUCAUGACCCCGGUCAAUUCCUCGCUGGCCAUGUCUCCAAGCACCGCCGCAUCUAAAACCCCCUCGGCCGCGACCGCAACAGCCAGCUACUUUAGCAAUGGCCGUUCCACCAGUCGCGUCGAGUUUGUCUGUGUCACUGGGACUUCAUCGCCGGUCCUGGAGCCGCUGUUCCAGUCUAUCAAUGAACUGGCCAAAAAGGGCGACCUGCCCUACGGAUACACUGUCGCCUACGGCGACGCUAUUACCACAUACGCUAAAGAGCACGUCGAAGGUUCCAACGAAUUAUUUGGCAUUCUAGACAAACUGACCUUCAUUGGCUGCUGA